UAUCAUCGUCCUCACCAGAAUCUUCUCUGACUCAUCACAUUUCAUUCAAUUCCCUAGAGAAAAAAAUGUCGGCAGAGGCAGAGAACAUCCCCACUAACGUAGCCUCAGGAGAUGCAGAGGCGGCGGUGACGGCAAAGGGCGCUAAAGCGAAGAAGACGAAGGAAGUUAAACCUAAGAAGAAGCCUGCAGAGAAGAAGGCUACGAAGAAGAAAGCUUCUUCUUCUCCUCCAUCUCACCCUAAAUACGAAGAGAUGAUUAAAGAUGCGAUCACGACGUUGAAGGAGAGGACUGGAUCUAGUCAAUACGCGAUUCAGAAGUUCAUCGAGGAGAAGGAGAAGUCUCUUCCUCCUACCUUCAGGAAGCUUCUGCUCGUUAACCUCAAGAGGCUCGUCGCUGCUGAGAAGUUGGUUAAGGUCAAAGGAUCUUUCAAGCUACCCUCUGCUAAAUCCGCACCUAAACCGGCGGCGGUUAAGAAGAAACCAGCAGCUGUAGCUAAACCGAAGGCUAAAGUUGCGGCGAAGGCACCGGUUAAAGCCAAACCGGCAGCUAAAGUAGCUAAGAAGCCUGCUGCUGCAGCUGCAAAGCCAAAGGCUGCUAAGCCUAAAGCAAAGACAAAGACAAAGACUGUUGCUGCUGUGUCAAAGACCAAAGCUGUUGCGGUUAAGCCUAAGGCUAAGGAGAGACCUACGAAAGCGGCGAGGACUUCGAGUAGAACGUCUCCAGGGAAGAAAGCUGCUCCUGCUAAGAAAACGGCGGCUGCGACUAAGAAGGUGGCUCCGGUUAAGAGCGUGAAGCCGAAGACUGUGAAGUCUCCGGCGAAAAGGGCUUCAACGAGGAAGGUGAAGAAGUAGCUUCUCUAGGAUAUGGUGGUGGUUAGCUUCUUUAGGGUAGUCUUGUAUAAUUGAAUCAUCCUUGAAGGGGCUUGCUUUCCUUAGUUUUUUUUUUUUUUUUGGUUUCUUCUUGAAACCUUGUUCUUGUAAUUCUUUGGUUUGUCUGAAAUGAUGCUUUUUAAUCAAUAGCUAAAUCUUCA